AUGGGCGAUGCCAUCCAAAUUCUAGGACAACGAAAGGAACAAGGUUUUGUACAAUCUGUCCUUAUUCCUAACAGAUGCCAUACAAUUGAAAAAUAUGGAUGUGGAGUGUCAGACUGUUAUAAAAAAUGGCUGGAAAAAGACGUUUACAUAGCUGUUGGGACGACAUCAUCAAUUACAUUUGUUCCGGACACGCGCAUCAUCCCUACAUAUUGGUUUCAUUUCAUUUCCAAAAAAACAAAUCUCAGAUUAUGUGGAUCAACAUGCAGGAUACUAAUAUAUGUCAUACCUAUAAACAUUAGUGGUGAUGAUAUUGCAAUAAGUUUGUGGAAAGAAUGCACCAACAUACCUUCAAAGUUCGAUCGUACUUCUCUUGAAAACGCCCCUGCUCUUGUUGUUGUCACUAUAAGCAGUGUAAAGAUCUCAACUUAUGUUGGAUCACUAAGACUUGGCACAGGCAACGUAAGUCACUUAUACAUCAAUCCACCAAUUCCAGAAACAACAAUUCUUAUAGACAUUUAUGGAACAUUUCUCGACUCACCAGUAAAUUUUGAACCGCCAACACUGUUAUCAGAUGUAUUAGAGAAAACUCAUUCAGAUCUUUCGGACAAAAGUUUCACUGCAGAGUUGUCCACAAGUGAAUAUAUCUCAGACUGUUGGUACCAGGUUCAGUGUCCAAACUGCAAGAUUGCAACUUUUAAACAAGGGAAAAAUUGGUUCUGCCCUUCAGAUGCGAUUCUCACUUCUCCAAGUACCACGUUCAAACUUAGUGCAAUCAUUACAGAUGAAAGUCAGUCUAUGAUUGUUGUACUUUCCGAUAAUGCAACACAAGACUUAUUCGGUACAACGUCAGACAAACUUAUAUCAGAUGAUGACAUAAACCACAGAAAACAAUUACCUCCAAUUGCUGCUUUACAAGGAAUUCCCAAGAAAAUGAAAUUACAUAUGACUAAUACAUCAACAGACAACAACAUUCGCUUCAUUAUUACAAAUAUCGACAAACCCCCUCUGAAGAAAAAAUAUCCAUACCGACACCACCAUCACAACAUCCAACAUCUUCAAAACACGGUGAAAAGAGAUAUUGCAGACCUACUUGAGGCAGCUCAAUCCAAGUUAGAUGAAAGUUUCAGCCUUGAUGACAAAUGGGCUGUUUAG